AUGCGAAAAGAUAUACAAUGCCUACGAGGAAUCGCAAUUCUCUCAGUUUUACUGUUUCAUUUUGCUCCCACCGUUUUUGUUAAUGGAUUUUUAGGUGUGGAUAUAUUUUUCGUCAUUUCCGGAUUCCUUAUGGCUAAAAGUUUGAGCCACUCAAGAAUUUCCAGGGUCCAAGACGUUUUGCUGUUUUAUUAUAAGAGAUUUCGUCGAAUUCUUCCAUUAUACUACCUUGCCAUUUUACUUAUCACUCUGAUUGUCCGCCUAUUUUUAGGAGAUUUUCUAUGGAAAAACAACGAUCGAUAUUCGUUGGCUUCGUUGUUCCUGGUUACCAAUCAACUCGUGAUUCGAGAUAAUGGAGAUUAUAUGAACCAAUUCACUACCUGCCUACUAAUCACAGUAUUUGGGUUCGCUGCCUUCUUCAGAGCUCUUGAUAGAUUUGCAUUCCACUUCAUGUUCCUCCGACUUUGGCAAUUUUCCGCUGGAUUUUGUUCAUUGUUUUGGAGCAAGAUUCAAGGUAGCAGGUUACCAGGAUCAGAUGUCACAUCAAAACGGUCGAGAGCCAUUGUACUAAUCUCAUUGCUCAUUUUGAGUCUGUGUUUUUUCCCACGAGAAGUGUUUGUUUUAAUUGCAAGACCAUUGGUGACUCUAGUCACAGCCAUGAUAAUUGCCUGUGAGGAAUCGAGUGCUCAGAUCUUCAAGUCUGAAACACUGGUCUACAUUGGCGACAUCUCCUAUGUGCUCUAUUUGGUGCACUGGCCAGUUAUCUCAAUUUUUCUUCCAAACAAUAUUAUGAGCUACGCGGUUUGCAUUGUAGCUAUAUUCACCGCUUCUAUGACCCUACAUCAUUAUUUUGAGAAACUUUACCUGAAAUUGGGAAUUGUCGGAAUAUUCAAAUUGAUUGUUUUAUUGAUUCUCGCCAAUGCCUACCUACAGUACACUAUUCGAAAUGAUAGCUUCCGGAAAAGCAACCUACCAGCUGGAACUCGAAAAAUUAUCGAUCAAAACUUGAAACAAUCUUUAUCAGUUUGGGAUUUGAAAGCUCGUAAACAAAGAUGUAUAGAAACGGAUAUAAAGACACCAUUUCCAAAAGCUAACCUCGGAGGUUACUGUAGAUAUCCAGUGGGUACAACCAAGGCUUCCAUUCGAUGCGGAAAAUCGAUCGACCAACCGCCGGCCGACCCGACCAAGCUGAUCAGCUCGGCCGGGUCGGCGGUCGGUCGGCGGUCACCGAUUGUCGACCGACUGAAAUGGAUGCCUUACUCUCAUAAUUUUCAGCGUGGAAAUGGAAGUAUCUCAGUUAUGGUUCUUGGCAAUAGCUAUGUGGUGAAUCUUGUCGAAGCCAUGCGAGCUCAAUUCCACUCGAAUUACUCUGAGUUUCGAUACAUGUCCGUUUUCGCGAAUUAUGGAAUUUACUCGGGUGAUACGGUGGAUUCAGAACAGGCAUUGGCAUUUUCAAAGGAGCAAGUGGAGGUGAACAAGCCGGAUGUCCUAUUUGUGAUUGCCAGGUACAUUGAGAACAUCAAAGGACCCAUUCAACAUAAAGAUCCAAUCGUGAAGCAGAUAAAUGAGACAAUCGCGUUUUAUGAAAAAUUCGUGAAAAAGCUGUAUAUUCUAGACGCCCAUCCUAGAUACCAUGAGAACUUUCUUGACCUUUUUCUUCAUUAUGUGGUCACGAGACCUGAAAGUUUAGACUCGCUUCAUUUGGACAAAAAACUAGCUGAUGAAGAAAUGAGGUCGGUUAAGGAGAGGUUCGCGCAGAUCAAAUGCAAGAAGUGUGAGUUCUUCGAUUUGAGUCACGUCUUCAUCAAAGGAGACAAAUAUUUGACAUUCGACAAAGACACCCUGCUGACGUAUGCCGAUAACGCUGUGCAUUUGACAAGUGCCGGAGUCGAACUAUGUGAACCGGUUUUUCGAAAAAUUGCCAAAGGUAUAAUGAAUGGUUUUUGA